GCUUGCGGCUGGCCGGCGCCGCGGCCCUGGCGGGCGGGCCGGGAGCGGGGCAGGGCCGGGACCCGGAGCGGGUACGGCCGGGCGGGGGGCACCGGGAGCACUGGGAAUACUGGGAGCACUGGGAGCCCGCAGGUGUCCCCAGCGCCAUGAGGACCCUCCUGCCGCUGUGGCUGGCCCUGGCCGGAGCCGGCGCCUGGCUGCCGUGUCCCGAGGGACAGCCGUGUCCCGUCACCCCGGUCCUGCCCGCCAGCAGCGUGGCGCUGUGCCAGGACGGCACGCCAUGCCCCGCCGCGGCCAGCUGCCCGCUGCCAGAGGGGGUCCUCUGUGCCGGUGGCCACCGCUGCUGUCCCCGAGGGUCCCGCUGCAGCGCCGACGGGGAAUCCUGCAUCGCAGCCCCAGCCCCCCGCGCUGUCCCCUGUCCCGACGGACAGUCCGAGUGUCCCGAUGAUGCCACCUGCUGCGUGACGGCCACCGGCGCCUGGGGGUGCUGCCCCAUGCCCCAGGCCUCGUGCUGCGCCGACAAGGUGCACUGCUGUCCCCACGCCACCCUCUGCGACCUGGCCCACGGGCGCUGCCUGUCACCCGCCGGUGACAUCCCCUUGGCCACCAAAUUCCCCGCCUGGAAGCGCCAGCCCCCAGCAUCAGUGGCCCUGCGCCAGGUGCUGUGCCCCGACGGCCGCUCGGCGUGUCCCGACGGCGCGACCUGCUGCCAGCUGUCCUCGACGCAGUACGGCUGCUGUCCCCUGCAGAACGCGGUGUGCUGCGGCGACGGGCGGCACUGCUGCCCGCAGGGGACGACCUGCGACCUGGAGCGCUCCACCUGCACCUCGGCACGGCCCCUGCCAGCCCUGCCCAAAGCCAGCGACGUGCGGUGUGACGAGGAGACGAGCUGUCCCGACGGGAACACGUGCUGCCGGCUGAGCUCGGGGGCCUGGGGGUGCUGCCCCCUGGAGCAGGCCGUCUGCUGCCCCGACCACGUGCACUGCUGUCCCCAGGGCUACACCUGCGACCCGGCGGGGGGCAGCUGCCUGCAGGAGGGGGGGGGCCGCCGGCCCUGGCUGCAGAAGAGCCCGGCGCUGGCCCGGGGAGGGGCCGUGGUGGCCCGUGGGGGGGACGUGCGGUGUGACGAGGAGACGAGCUGUCCCGACGGGAACACGUGCUGCCAGCUGAGCUUGGGGACAUGGGGGUGCUGCCCCCUGGAGCAGGCCGUCUGCUGCCCCGACCACGUGCACUGCUGUCCCCAGGGCUACACCUGCGACCCGGCGGGGGGCAGCUGCCUGCAGGAGGGGGGGGGCCGCCGGCCCUGGCUGCAGAAGAGCCCGGCGCUGGCCCGGGGAGGGGCCGUGGUGGCCCGUGGGGGGGACGUGCGGUGUGACGAGGAGACGAGCUGUCCCGACGGGAACACGUGCUGCCAGCUGAGCUCGGGGGCCUGGGGGUGCUGCCCCCUGGAGCAGGCCGUCUGCUGCCCCGACCACGUGCACUGCUGUCCCCAGGGCUACACCUGCGACCCGGCGGGGGGCAGCUGCCUGCAGGAGGGGGGGGGCCGCCGGCCCUGGCUGCAGAAGAGCCCGGCGCUGGCCCGGGGAGGGGCCGUGGUGGCCCGUGGGGGGGACGUGCGGUGUGACGAGGAGACGAGCUGUCCCGACGGGAACACGUGCUGCCAGCUGAGCUCGGGGACAUGGGGGUGCUGCCCCCUGGAGCAGGCCGUCUGCUGCAGGGACCACCAGCACUGCUGCCCCCGGGGCUACACCUGCAACGUGGCCGCCCAGAGCUGCGAGAAGCUGCUGGCACCCACCCCCCUGCUGCCGGCACCCGCCCCCCCCCUCCGCCUACCCGCCCCCCCCCACCGCCCACCCAACCCCGCCCCAGCCCUCCUGCGGGCUACCAGCACCCAGCCGGGGGCCACCGUCCCCUGCGACGCUGCCAACUCCUGCCGCCCUCGCCAACGGUGCUGCCAGAGCCGGGGGGGCUCCUGGGGGUGCUGCCCCUUCACCCAGGGCUCCUGCUGCUCCGACGGCCGGCACUGCUGCCCCGGGGGGUCCCGCUGCAGCCGGGGGGGCCAGGGGUGCAGCCCCCAGCGCUGGGACCUGCCCGCGCCCCGUCGGGUGCUGCUCUGAGCGCCAUGGGGACACCCCCCCCCCCGGGUGCCACCACCCCAAUAAAAGGGUUC